AUGACGUCAACCUCUCUGCCUGAUCACACAUUCCACACCGCUAGCUACUGUACAUAGCCAGCCGGGUCGGACUUUGGCGUGCACAGAAAACGAGACGAGGUUGAGCCUCGGACGCAGCAUUUCAGCCUAUUCCAAAUCACUACUGCGCAUUUUAAUCGCCUUUUUAAUCGCUAUCGUGUCUUUUGGUUGAUAAAACAAAUGACGCGUCUUUUGAUUACUGCAAUGAAAACGAGUGGGUCUUAAUCGUGCAAGAUUCAUUCUCGCGUAAUGAUAAGCAAACGCAUGACGUGAGGUAAUUUAGACUACUUGUCAUUUCAAUAAUUUAUUUAUCUCGUGGUCGUUCGCGUUAACUGCAACCUACAGUUCCACUUCUCAUAAUGGACGAAAAGACGUUCACGAAAGAAUUGGAUCAAUGGAUUGAACAACUGAACGAGUGCAAGCAGCUGUCAGAGAACCAAGUCAAAAUCUUGUGCGAAAAGGCGAAAGAGAUUCUGACGAAAGAGUCUAAUGUGCAAGAGGUGCGAUGUCCCGUCACAGUGUGCGGGGACGUCCACGGCCAGUUCCACGACCUGAUGGAGCUCUUCAAGAUCGGGGGCAAGUCGCCCGACACCAACUACCUGUUCAUGGGGGACUACGUGGACAGAGGCUACUACUCUGUGGAGACGGUCACUCUGCUGGUGUCUCUCAAGGUGCGCUACCCAGAAAGAAUUACCAUUCUUCGGGGGAAUCACGAGAGCAGACAGAUCACGCAAGUGUACGGUUUCUACGACGAGUGCUUGAGAAAGUACGGCAACGCCAACGUCUGGAAAUACUUUACGGACCUGUUUGACUAUCUGCCUCUCACUGCCCUGGUUGACACACAGAUCUUCUGUCUCCAUGGGGGGCUCUCUCCAUCUAUUGACACACUGGACCACAUCAGAGCCCUUGACCGUAUCCAGGAGGUUCCCCAUGAGGGUCCCAUGUGCGACCUGCUGUGGUCGGAUCCUGACGACCGCGGUGGCUGGGGCAUCUCGCCGCGCGGCGCCGGCUACACCUUUGGCCAGGACAUCUCGGAGACCUUCAACCAUGCCAACUGCCUGACCCUGGUGUCGCGGGCUCACCAGCUGGUGAUGGAGGGCUAUAACUGGUGCCAUGAACGAAACGUGGUGACUAUUUUCAGCGCACCAAAUUAUUGUUACCGUUGCGGUAAUCAGGCAGCUAUUAUGGAACUGGAUGACACGCUGAAGUAUUCCUUCCUGCAGUUUGACCCUGCCCCUCGGAGAGGAGAGCCUCACGUGACCCGGCGUACUCCCGACUACUUCCUGUAAACGACGACACAAAACAAAACAAAAGUAUUCGCCAUCGACACACUUCACUCUAAUUCACACCUUCUAGGACAACAAGGCCAACAACGACAACAUUGUACUCUUCAAUAAGUCUUUCCAUGGACCAAAGUGUGUGCCAUGCCCAUUCAAAAUGGCUCUGCGAAAGAAGCCACCACUCAACCAAACCAACCAAUGCAAGGUCAAACACCACACAAGUUUUAAAAACACAAAAAAGACAAAAAAGAAAAAGAGAAAUGUGUCAUGCAUGAUCGGCUCAUUGUAUUUUACUCUUGAGAAAUAAAAUCGCUUUUGUUCCGAA